AUGGAGGCUGUCGUGAAGACAGGUAUCCAGUCCACGCUUAAUAUCGUGCGUAGCGUGGGAAAUGAGAAUAAGAAGCUCAAAGGCCGGAUCAAUGGCCUCCUCAAGUCAUUGGAGAUUGAAGUCCGUAUGGCAAAGUGGGAUGAGAAGGACUAUGAGGGCGUUGAUCAGAAGCUGGCAGUGGAUAUGCAGGAGCUGCUUUUCGAUAUUGAUGACUUCUUAUGUGAUUUGUCUAUCCCAGAGGGAUUUGCCGCUUUUUGGCACAAUGCCCUUGGAAUGGAUUCCCGGAAUGAAGAUAUCCCCAUGAUCCAUUCUUUCAUCACGAGCGUCCAGAGCAUCCGGCAGCGGCAAGCCCAGAUCGGAUCCGGCGCAAAAGAAGUUGACAGCUCCUUCUCAUCGGCUGGAUCUCCUCCUGUUUAUGCUCCAGAGGCCGCUCUCGUGGGCUUCCCUGAGACAAAAGUCAACUUCCUCAAGCUGCUCUCUCCAGGGGUUGAUAAGCCGAGGGUGGUGUCCAUUGUGGGAUGCAACGGUGUGGGGAAGACUGCCCUUGCAAGGGCAGUCUUUGAAGAGGCCAGUACUGCAGACCAAUCUACACACGCAACCAAAAUUCUUCUAGACCGGUCGACAUACCAAAGUGAAAUUCGUGAAGAGUCUGCACCUGCAACAGAUGUCCCUGCAGCCAUUGCAUACGAUUGCAAAGCUUGGGUUGUGGCUUCGACGUGCAGCGACUGGGAGGAUCUUCUAAACAAGGUUCUCGAAGAAGUUGGUUCAAAAGAAGCGCCUCGGGACACCGCCAAAGUUCUCGAAAGUUUUCUGAAGGACAAAAGGUACUUGGUCAUUAUCGAUGAUUUGCAGCCAUAUGGUGUAAAAUGGAGGGAUAUAGAACAUGCCUUCCCUCAAAAUAAUAAGGGCAGCAAAAUUAUUGUCACCACAAAUGUUCAUUCCAUCGCCAAGACUUGCAGCCCUGGCAGUCAUUAUGUGUAUCCGAUGCAGUGCCUUAACCGAGAUCAUUCUAGUCAAUUAAUCUUGAACACUAUUCAUGGCAGUCGAAGCUAUGGUUUGGAUCUUUCAGAUGCUGAAAGACCUCGUCUCGAAAGAAUCUGUGAUAGAUGUGGAGAUUUACCGCUGGCGCUAAUCAGUGUGGCCAAUUAUAUGGGUGGGAAUGGACAAGAUUUAUCUGAAGAUGCCUGCAAGGAUGUGUGUGAAACACUCGGUAACUAUCUGAAAAGUAAGGAGAUGGAAUUUGAUGAACUGAAAAGAGCUCUUAUGCAGCGGUAUGAAAAGCUGCCAGACAAUGGUGAGAAGAACUGCUUGCUUUAUGUAAGUAUAUUCCCGAGGGGUUAUCAAAUAAGCUGGAAGAGCCUAGCCAGAAGAUUAGUAGCUGAAGAAUUUGUUGUCGGAGAUGCUGAAAUGGAGAAGAAAAUAGAAGAUGUCGGAAGACUGUUGAAACAGUUGAUUGACCGUAGCAUGAUUGAGCCAGUAAUGCCACGUAACAAUUCCCAAAUUGCUAAGAGGUGUAAAGUUCACAGUGCAAUGCAGGAUUUCACCAUCCAGAAGUCUUUAUCAAAAAAUUUGGUUACUCUAAUUGCCAGGAAUGAGUAUCGGCAGGGUGACCACGAGGGCCGUGUUCGUCGACUAACUGUUGAGUCCAGCACCAGUUCUCAAUCUUAUGACUGCCUACGCAAUAAAAGCACACCCAAUUCUGAUGGAGAGCAAAGUAAGCUGCCGUCCGUGAGGUCAUUAACGAUGUUUAAGAGUGAAAUUAUGGAUACCCAGAGGUGCAAGUUCAUGCGGGUCUUGGAUCUGGAAGGUUGCGGUGGGCUUGACAAGAAAGUUCUUGGUAAAAUAUGUGAAUUGGUGUUUCUCAAAUACCUCAGGCUCAGCAACUCUAACGUCAAGGAGCUUCCCGAAGAACUAGAGAAACUGAAGUAUCUACAGACGCUGGAUAUGGGAGACGCAUUGAUACCAAUAUUACUGCCCGUGGUAGUCAUCAUGCUGCCAGAGCUAGUAUAUCUAUUUGGUCGGUUUCUGCUACCACUGUCAACUUCCGUAGAACUAAGCAAGCUGAAGAAGUUCUUGGAAAGUAGAAGUCAGCUACACACUCUAGCUGGAAUUGUUUUCAACGAGAAUGAAGUUCUGGCAACUAUUAUACAGAAAGCAAAGAACCUAAAGAAGGUUAAAAUAUGGUCCAUGGACACUUCCCCAAGUGGCACUAUAGACCCUGCUUCAGGGAGCAGUCAUCCUGAUGCUCCUAUAGGCAACACUUCUGCUCUUGAUGCUCCGAAGACCAUUCUUUACACUGCUGCUGCAGCCAGCAAUGCCGCUCGUCACAUUGAUUCUCUGGCCCCAGGCAACGUUACUGCUCUCGUCAGUCCUAGAAAAAGCAAACGUUGGUACAAUAAUGCUUUUUUUAGACUAUUAGUUGGGUCUGAGGUGUCUAAGCAUAACCAUGCCACAUUCAAUCGACAGGCAACUUCAAAUGAGCUCUCCGGUAAUCCACCCGUAUCACCAUGCUUGCAACCCAGCUUUUCUAAACUUGAUGGGCCAGCGCCAAGUGAAACCUCGGUAGCAAAAAAAAGUCUGGCUGAUGUUUUUGUCUGCUCUGGAGUACUCGAAUCUCUGUACAUUGAAUCCAACGAUUUCUGCAACGUCUUUCUAGAUUCUUUAAAGGCUACAUGCCGUAUUGGUUCUAUCAAACUACGAGGCGAAUUGGUAUGUCUACCUCAACCUAAUAUACUAAAGGGGCUGCGCGGUCUGAGUAAAUUGCACCUCUAUUUAUCUGGUCUCAGCUGUCAAGCUUUAUCUGCCCUGCAAAACUUACUUUUCCUGGAGUAUCUAGCGAUUGUAGAGGAGAGGGAUGGGUCAUGGAAUGACAGCUUCAUUGUGGAAGAUACAGGAUUUCCUUGCCUUAAGGUGUUAUGCUUUGAGGGCCCAAAACAUCCACAAGUGGAGAUCAAACCCGGAGGAAUGCAACAUCUCACUUCUAUCAAGCUGCUUUGUAGAGAACUUCCUCCUGAUAAUGAUGCAAAUAAGGCGGCAAUCGAAUGCCCUCCUCGAUUCAAGGGCAUAUCACAUCUUGCAAAACUCAACGAGGUGAUACUCCACCAUGAUGCUGCUCAUGAAAAGUUGAAAUCUUGGAAAGAAGCAGCAAUGAGCCACGCCAACAUGCCCCGUGUGAGGAAGCAACCAGCACCUGAACCAAUCCUCAACGCACCAUAGUUCAUGGAGCCCCGGCGGCCUGUCGAUAUAAGUUGUUUGAUUUCUGUGGUGUUUAUUUGUGUGGUGUGUGACUCGUGGAUGUUCCUCUCCAUAUUUCCCCCCUCUUUAUUUUGUCUUGUUCAACCCUUUACUUCUAACCUAUAUAGAACUGCCAUCGCAGAAAAAAAGUACAUAAAAAUGAA